AUGGCGUAUUUAAGUCGUAAUAUCGAUAAUGCAAGUCAAUUAAAGUUUUGGCCUGGUAUUAUAUUCUCAUCAGAGUUGGAAGAAUACAUCAAUGAGCUUGCCGAUAUUCAUUCAGUUCAUGCAGAUUCUGUAUGUAUAAUUCUUAUUAAUUGUGUGACAGCUACACUUGAAUUUUCAUAUGUAUUACGAGCAAAUUCCUUGAGUCAUAAAAUACCAAUAGAUCUAUACAAUAUUAUUGUUGCACGACCGUCUUAUGGAAAGUCGGAAUUGACCAAACUAUUGCGUGAUAUGUUAAAAUCGAUUGUUAUGUAUCGAACCUCAAAAUUUCGAUCAAGUAAUCAAGCUGCUAUUGGACAUCAAGUUAAUGCAACAUUAGACGAAAUGUCUAAAGCAGGUUUGAUGGCUGGGCUCGAUGAUUGCUAUCGUACAGUUAUCUGCGAUGAGGUAGAUAUGACUUUUGCUGAUGUAGGACUUUUUUUAUCUCAUAAUAUGUGUCGAACAGCAGGUGAAAUGAAUUGUCGAGCACUUGUAAUGACGUUAUUUGAUCGUGCCUCUCAUGCUUAUAUUCGGCAAUUAGCAAAUCGAUCUGUAUCGGUAAAACGUUCCAAAUUGAAUAUUCUGGGUUGUUCAACAGGUGAUAUCAUUUCCAACAUGAUUAUUAGAAUGAAGAGCGGGAGUUGUUUUGAUCCUGCGAUUGGUCGUUUUCUAUUCUGGCCUCUUGAUGGUCCUGUUAUACCUGAUAAAGUGGUACAAAAGCAAAUUGAUUAUCAGAGGAUGGCCUCAUUAGAUCAAUUCAUAAUUAUUUUAUCUUUCAUGGAGAACGUUAUUUUCUCAUUUGAAGAAGAUGCGGUACAUGAAAUGGUGUUAUGGGGAAAUACUUGCAAGCAAAAGAGCUUUGAUACACGAAAUACCAAUGAAUAUCUAUCGGCUCGAUUAGGUAAAGCUAUUCAACAUGCUUAUUGA